CGGGUUUUCAUAGUCCUAGAUACAAAUACUUCCGGUGUGACUUGACGCUGUGGCAGCCAAUAUGGCGGCACCGUGUACACGAGCUGUAGUGCAAUGCCUCAGAAGAUGUGGGACGUCCUCUUCUCGUUUAAAAGAAGUCUCGUCGUAUGCGAGUCGGCAGGUUGUCAGGAGGCCGAUAUCCACAAGUGCAGUCACGCACAGAAAGAACCUGGCAGCUGCUGGACCCGAAAAGUUCACGAUGGAGUUUAUUGAGAAGCAGGUGGAGGAGUUCAAUGUGGGCAAGCGGCACCUGGCCAACAUGAUGGGAGAAGACCCAGAGAACUUCACUCAGGAGGACGUAGAUAGGAGCAUUGCCUACCUCUUCCCCUCUGGUCUAUUUGAGAAGAAGGCGCGGCCCCUCAUGAAGCAUCCAGAGGAAAUCUUCCCAAAACAGCGAGCUGUCCAAUGGGGGGCGGAUGGACGGCCAUUCCACUUUCUGUUUUACACAGGGAAACAGGCCUACUACUCCUUGAUGCAUGAGACACAGAGUAAAAUCCUCAACGUCGAGAGGCAUCAGGAUCGUCUACGAGCCAAAGGACUCCUCUCCAAGGAUGUCAAGCAGAUUUCCCUGAGUGCAAGCAGAUGGCUCCUGAAGGAGGAGUUGGAGGAGUUGCUUGUGGAGACCAUCUCCAUUCACGAUUACACUCGCUUCCUCCAGCUAAUGGAGCGAUUGUUGUCUCUGCCUUACUGCACCGUGGAGGAGCAGUUUGUCCUAAAUUACCGCCGGCAGCUUACAGCCCAAGCCAGAAAAGAUACAAUCCCAGCACUGGAGAAGGAUGAAAGGGGCGUGGCGUACAGCAUGGCUGAAGGACGAAGAAAGACUUCAAAGGCCUCUGUAGUUCUGAGAGAUAGUGGCUCUGGAUCUAUCAGCAUCAACGGGCAAAACUACCUCCAGUACUUUCCUGUCCUACAAGACAGAGAACAGCUAAUGUUCCCCAUUCAGUUCAUGAACAUGCUGGGACGCUUCGACCUGGAGUGCAGCGUGAGCGGUGAUGGGCGGUCCAGCCAGGCGGGUGCAUUGCGGCUUGCCAUCUCCCGAGCCAUUUGCAGCUUUUUGUCGGCGGGAGAAGUAGAGGCCAUGAGGCAAGCUGGUUUGCUGACCCCAGAUCCGAGGGUGCGAGAGAGGAAAAAGCCGGGUCAGGAAGGUGCCAGGAGGAAAUUCACCUGGAAGAAACGUUGAUACUGUAGGAACGUGUGAAAUAAUGAAACUGUCUUGUUGGUGUUCCUCACUUUAAACUGAGAUCCCUCAGUCAUUUCAUGCUCAGCCACCUGAUGGCGCUUAUGAGCAGAAAUUAUAUUCUGUGUAUGAAUAAAAGUCCAUUGCUUUUCUAAGAGGA